UCCGGUCCGCCAUUUUAGUCGGGACGUAGAAUUAUAGCGGUGCGUAAAAAGAUUAGUGGUGAAUUUAAUACAUUGGAAAGUGAAAUAAGUGAGAUAUUAGACAAUGGUGCCGCAAACCAAGGUGUUCGUCGGCAGCCUGCCGCAGGGCUCCAAACCAGAGGAACUACGCAAAUUGUUUGAGCGAUUUGGUGUAGUCACAGAAUGCGACAUAAUGAACAGAUGUGGCUUCGUGCACAUGCAAUCCGAAGAACAAGCUUCGUCGGCAAUUCGCGCGCUCAACAACACAACAUUCAACGGUGGCGUCAUCUCAGUAGAGCGAGGCCGUAUCAAGGAGCGCGGUCAGCGCGGCGGUCCCGGCGGCGGCCGCGGUGGCGGCAUGAGAGGAGGCAUGCGCGGGGGCAUGGACAGACGCGGCGGUGGACCCAUGCGCGGCGGGCCUCCGCCCCGCGAUUCCCCUUACUCGCGUGAGCGUCCAUCGCACCCGCGCGGGCCUCCGCCUGGCGCCCCGCCACAGAUGGCCCCUCGCCCGAUGCCCUACGAGCGGGCGGAGCGGCCACCGCCACCUGCGUAUGACGACCGCUACAACGGUUACGGCGGCGAGGACCGUCGCGGCUUCGCAUUGAUGGAGCGCGGGUCUCGGGACCCGUUCGCAGCGGCGGCCCCCAUGUACGCGGAGGAGCGGCGCUACGACGAGCUGCCUCCCAUGUACGCGGACGACCGGCGCGCGCCCAUGUACGCGGACGAGCGCGACCUGAUGGACCGGCGCGCGCCCAUGCGAGCCGCGCCGCAGCCGCUGCCCUACGAGCGCGCGCUGCCGCCGCGCCCACAGCCCAUGCCCAACGGGGACAUGUUCAGCAGGCGCUCACCCAUGCGUGGAGCGGCCCCCGGCGGCUACGACAGGGACCCCUACCAGUACCCCCCCAUGGGCCGCGGCGGCGGGGCGGCGCGCGGUAGAGAGCUGGGCGGCAUGGGCCCGCGCCGCUACUAGCGGCCGCGCACUGCGCUAGGCUAGGCGGUAGGAUACCACGCGACACGAACAAAUACAGUACAGUACCUAGUGCCGGCCCCGGUCAAAUCCGCGACCGCGAUCCGCGAGUGUUGCGAGCGAGCGUGCGACCGUGUCGGACACGUAGCUUGUAAGUCCAGUUCGAGUGAAAAAUUAUGUGAAUCACUUUAUAAUGUAAUAAAUGAGAGAUAUAUUGACGGAACGUUUUCAUUUUACCUGCUCUUUGACGAUAUGCUCCAUUGUAACAUAAGAUCGAAAUAGUUUUGUAUAAUUGAUUGGAUUGAUUUCGUUAAUUAUAAGUUUUACUGUUAAGGUGCAUUUUGUUUAAGAUGUAUAUUAAUUUCUUUUAGAUUAAAUUCCUUAAACGAAAAUACCAUUUACUUUAAUUACUCCUUCCGGCACUAAACUCUUCAUGCAUGACAUCCUCAGACAUCUUUGGCUUGAAUACUGCUUGUCCUUGGUUGCGGUACUUCUGUUAAAAUUUAUGGUUUCAUUACAGGAUGCCCAUAUAUCGCACGGGCUGACAGAUACGUUAACAUUCAUAGAUUGAGUGAGGGCAGUGAUCUCUAAAGGGGUGCGUUCAGUUUCACUAAACGAUCUUCAUAAAACUCUUUGAUAAGAUAACAAUAAUACAUCUUAAAAUACAAUUUCGUAACGUUGCGUUUAGGAUAUUUUAAACCCCGUCUUAAACCAGCACUUUAAAAAAGCACAUAGAUAUACCAGUUAUUGAUUGCGUCCACGUAAUUUUGAGAACGCACCCCGCCUGCCUCCAAGGCUAGCAUACGUGAUCACAGCACCCUAGCCCGGGCGGAGCGGUGCCGCGUAUUGCGACAUCCUCGGCUCUGUUAACACACAUGUCUAACGUUGUCGAGCGGCGACACACAUGCCACAAAGUGCGUGCGAGUCCUUUCAGAUAGUUAGAUGCGGCAUGACGAUGACGAGCUUACGGCGGCGAUGCGUAGUCGAUGCUAAAGCGACGGCGUUACGCUGUAUACGUUAGGCGACAACGACAGAAGACACAGGAAUACGAAAAUUUACAAAUCGUAAGUACGGCUGUAAGACGUUGACGGCGUGCGUUAGAGCCACGAGCUCGCAAGUUGAUCUACCGAACCCAUGUGCAGAAUAGCGAACAUUCCUACAACGUUGCACAUCACUAUUAAAUAUCUCGAGUAUGUUUUGUUUCGGGCACUCAUGCUACAUACGGCUGGCGACAGGUUAUGAUAGUCGAGCCAAUUAAUGCGUAAUACACGUUAAAAACCAUCUUCAGUUUGAUGUGCGUAACGUAAACUAUCACUUGUACACUAACGUCAAAAUAACAUCGCCGUUAUGUUGCUAUGAAUCUCAUAUAAUUUCUGUGUUCAACAGGCUCUGGGCGCCUGGCUGAAGAAGAUCACACUGGGAACCAACAGGAAGAAACUUUAUUUUGUAUGAUACUGGCCUGCUCGCCCUCUGUGGGGCGUAGGAGACAUGUCACAUUGUGUGUUGAUAAAUAAAACGAACUGUCAAA